UGACAGGCGCAACACAUUUUCACACAUAUGCACCGCAUGCAGUAGAGAGCAAGGAGUCCCACGAAAUUCCCGAACGUCCCGGUCGGUGUGUGUAAGCGUGCGAAUGUGUGCCGAAACUUCUUCCUCCGCCAGGCGAAGAAGCCAAAGAGCCAAAGAGUGACAUGUGAUUCUGUUUCCGAAAGGUGUGAACUGUUUACCAUACGAGUCAAAUUAUACAAAGUGUCCCACGCGUGGAUAUUGAGUGUGCAGUGUACGUUAUUUUCUGUUUGUUUUAGUGCGCUGCUUGCGUCGAAUAAGGUAAUGCAAAACUCUUCGUCGUUAUAUAAGCACAAUUAUCGCUUUAAUAAACGCAACAGGACUAUUUUUGGUGCGAGUGCGCGCGUGUCGAUUGUGGACCACGAGAGCUCACGACCUAUAUUCGUGGAAUUGCACAAAACAAGCUUAGAACCCUUUCGAAACCCUAAAAAUUCCCAUUUUACAGCUUGCAAUUGUGAGAAAGUGAAUCAAAAAUGAGUCUGCAACAUUUGUACCCAAUGGGUAAGGGUGACCCACUAUGCCCACUCGGGUUCCAUCCGCAAGUACGAUGGCCCACACGCUGCAAACGCUGCUUUCGUGACUAUAAAGAACACGGCGGUAAACGAAAGGACCCGGAACCCUUACGCAAAGACGACUUUACGUCGUCUUCACCUGCGCUGAGCAGUUUCGGCACACCAGCCAACCGCAGAAGCUGGUCCUCCAGUACCAACUUAGACAAAAACGAGAAGGAUUCGGAGAUCACCACGACAGUGACCUUCAAAAAUCCUUCCUCCUGGACGUCCACACCCGACCUCGCCAAUUUAGAUGACGAGUCUACUCCCACAGUCAGUCUUACUCUACCAUUUCGAAGAAAGGUACCACCGGUGGAUACAGGACAAGAAAAACCAAAAGAAACCAAACCUACGACAAAAUCGUCAGUAUUCAACAAGAGUGAUAGUCUUGCAACGAGAGUGAAGAAAUUGGCAGCUAUUAAAGAAUCCACACCGGAAACACCGCCAAGGAGGAGUACCAAAGAAGUGAAGACAACGAAGGAUCCAGGCAACGAUCAUGAUGUACAAUUUUGCAUCAAAUUGAAACCUAAAACAACAACUACAACCUCAUAUCGAGAUGGAUACACUCGUCCUAGAUCGGAUAGUUUGGACGUAGAAGAUGAUGCUGUGAGUCUAGCAGGUACAGAAACCACUGAAUCCACCACCCUCGUUGAUGCCAACGAGUUUGAUCUGAAGAACCAACUCGACAGCAUGCGGCAGGAACUCGAAGCCACAAAAACGAAAUGCGAACGAUUAGAGAAAGAAAAGUCGAAUAUUCUUCUACGACGUUUGACUGCAAUGGACACCAAAGGAAAUAGUUCUGAAGUAUUAAAGUUACAACAGAAGGUUAAUGAGCUCCAGGGGCAGUUGGAUGAUUACAAAGAUGAGAAAAAGUCUCUGAAUCUAAAAGUGAAGGAAUUGGAGGAAGAUUUGGAGAAUAGGCCUGCUCCACAAGCGACGCAGAAAAUUGUUGAUGAGUUGAAGUCGAAACUUUUAGCUGCUGAGACUUUGUGUGAGGAGUUGAUGGAUGAGAAUGAAGAUAUGAAGAAAGAGUUGAGAGAUGCCGAAGAGGAAAUGGAAGAGAUGCAGGAUCACUUCCGAGAAGACCAAGCUGAUGAAUAUUCAUCACUUAAAAAGGAACUUGAACAGACUACGAAAAACUGUAGAAUUUUAUCGUUUAAAUUGCGAAAAACUGAACGAAAAACUGAACAAUUAGAACAAGAAAAACAAGAGUUUGAGAAUAAAGUGAAGGAAUUAUCGAGUGGUGGUGGUGGACAACAAUUAGAUCGUUUAAAACAAUUAGAAAAAGAUUUGGCAAAAGAAAAGGAAACCAGUGGGUCAUUACAGAAAAAGUUGGACGAUGCUAAUGUUAAAUUGUCUAAAGCUACGGAGAUUAAGCUGCCAAGCACAUUGCCAAAGAGAAAAGCACCUAUGUUAGGUAGUGUAGGAAAAAGUGCCUCAAGUGAAAUGAAAGUAUCUCGUGAAUCUCUAACAAGAGGCGGAUCCCAGGAUGAUCCGGUGCAACUCCUGAGAGAUUUACAAGAUUCUUUAGAACGUGAAGCUGAUCUUAGAGAACAACUUAAGUUUGCUGAAGAGGAAGCUGAGACAAUUCGUAAGAAGGCUUCCAGAAUCGAGGAGGACAACGAAUCAUUGGUUCUACAACUGAAAAAGAUGGCCAACACCAGAACAAGACCUAUGACAAGAAAAUCAUCCCUGACAAAAGAAGAUAAAGAUGAAGAUCCUAGUGUGAUUAAACUCCAACUGGAACUAAACGAACAAGAAACUGGUGUUUUACGUAAAAAGAUCGAAGAGUUAGAAUCAGAUAACGAACGCCACAAGAAGAAAGCCAAGGAACUUCAAGAUAAGAUUAAUUCUAAAGUUCCCGAACGUUCCUUGAAGUUUGGUUCUAAGUUUGAGAAAGAUAAUGACAAAAACGAAAAAGUGAGCCUUUUAGAAAAGGAAAUGAAUGAUAUCCGUAUGAAAUUAAUAGAAAAGGAACGUGAUUGUGAAAGAUUGGAAGCGGAAAUUAAACUUACGAAAAAAAUGGGUAGAGAUUCUUCUAAGACAAGAUCAUCUGAGAAUCUAGACCAGCAAACACUUGACUUGAAGAAACAAUUGCAGGUUAUAGAACAAGAAGCUUCAAUAUUCAGAAAUAAGGCGCAAAGCUUAGAAUCUGAGAAUGAGAAACUCCAGAAAGAUGUAAAACGAUUAGAACUUUUGCGAGGAGCUAAAAAUGAUAAAUCUGUAGAUAAAUAUGUAGAUAAAAUAGCUCAGUUAGAGAUAGACUUAGAAACAUCUAAUAAAAAGAUAAAAGAUAUGGAGUCUUCACAGACUGAGGUCAAGAAGACAAAUGGAGAUGCCACAAAUGGUGGAGGUGCAGAUCUUACGAAGAAAGUGACUCAACUUGAGAGGGAACGUGAUAAACUUCUGAAGUUAUUAGAUAAAGUUAAAGAAAACACUUCCAAAGCCUUCAAAAAUCGCAAACCGAAAGCUCCCACUGAAUUAUCUACGAAAUUAGCACUGAGAACGAUGAUUAAUGACUUGGAGAAUGAAGUCCAAGCCAUUUUAGGCGCGUUGGGUACUAAGGAAGCAGAUGUAGAAAAACUGGAAGAGGAGUUAAGCAAGUCCAAAACUUCAAAGGGAUCAAAAGACAUCACUAAUAAAGAAUUAGAAGAAUUAACGAAGAAACUUGAUAGUUUACAGAAGGAUAAUCAAAAGGAUAAAACACGUCUGGAAGAAUUAAGUAAACAAUUAACUGAUGCCGAUGUAGAAAAAGAAGAAUUAAAGUUAAAAAUAACAAAAAUGAAGGGCGAGCAAGAAAUCCUCACGUAUGAGAACAAAAGGCUCGAUGAAGAUGUCACCAAACUGAAAACAGAUAGCUUUGCUUUACGAGAGAGUAAGCGGGAAGUGCUCGACCUGAAAAACAAAUGCGACGCGCACCAACGUGAGCUGGAUAGGAAGGAUGCAGAAUUGAAGAAGCUGAAAGACGAGGUGGAAGAAAAGACAAAGCUGACCAAGGAGCUCACGUUGAAGACGAAGCGAGUUGCCGAAUUGCAGAAGAAGCUGAAGGAAGCUGAAGACGAGAUUGGAAGCUUGGAUAGGGAAACACAGGAGAAGAUUAAGAAAUUAGAAGCUACUUUACAAGACGAGAAGAAGAAGAGCAAAGAGGAAACUCAGUCGAAAGAUAAAUUAUCUUCGGAGAAAGAUAAAUUGAAUGAUAAAAUCUACGAAUUGGAGAAAACUAUAGCGAAUAAAAAUUCAACUAUAGAAAAACUUGAGAAUGAUCUUCAAAAAGAACGUUCUGCAACUUCAGUUGUAAUUAAAUCACCAGCGGAGACUAAGGAAUUAAAAACUUUGAAAGACGACAUAACGAAACUUAAGUCCAGUUUGGAAGAGAGUGAAUCUAAAUAUAAAACAGCGGAUAAAAAAGCACAGAGUGCAGAAGAAAAACUUAAGAAAUUAGAGAAUGAAUACAAAACAGACAAAACAAGUUUAGAGAAAAAGGUUUCGGAGUUGGAUAUUGACCUACAGAAUGAAAAGAAAAAGCUACAAGUACAAAAAUCAAAUUCUGAGAAGGAAGCAAAGAACAGAGAGUUAGAAUUAACCGCUCUAAAAAAUAAAAUAAAAUCUUUAGAACUUAAUGGUGGUGGAAGUAAAAAGAUCACCGAAGUUCGUCAAGAAUGCGAAGAUAAAAUUGAUAAGCUCGAAAAACAAUUGAGUAAAGAAAAGAAAGAGUAUGAGAAUUUAACAGCUAAGUAUGAAGUUCUCGAAGAGGAACAUGUUGUUACCAAAGCCAAAUUAGUCUCCGAAAUGGAAUCUCUAACUAGUCAGUUGUUUACAACGCGUAAGGAACUUGAAAGACUUGAAGAAAACUACGAAGGAGAGAAAGACGAUCUUCAAAGUAAAUUUGAUAAACUCCAUAAAGACUAUAAUGAGUUAACUAAAAAGAUGGCUAAUAAUGAGGUGGAUAAUCCUAGAUAUAAAGUCCUCUUUGAACAAAAACAAGAAGAAAUUGAUAAUGCAAAGAAAGAGAAUGAGAUGAUGCAUGAUCAAUUGGAGUUUAUGAGGAGAGAAAAUGAUGAACUAAGGAAAAAAUUGGAUGACUUUGAUAAAGUUUCGAAAAUUCAGAGGAAUAUUAGCGCGGAUAGUAGUGCCAUGGAUAAAGAAAUUCGAGAAUUAAAAUCUAAGUUGUCUACGAUUGAGAAAAGCAAAAAGUCUGAUUUAUCCGAGUGUAAAAUGCGUUAUGAAGGACAAAUCACCAUUUUGAAUGAUGAAAUGCACUCGUUACAUGCUCAAGUAUCUCGAUUUAAGCGAGAAAAAGAUACAUACAAGCAUAUGUUGGAGAGUGCGCAGAAAACCAUCGGGGACUUGAAGACUAAUCCAGGCAGAGAAAAUCGUAAUUCUAUAUCUAGUAUUGAUGAUAUGGAAGAAUAUAAAUCUAAAAUCGCAAGCCUGGAACAACAAAUCAGUUGUAUGGAAGAUGAACUUUCCGAAUCCCGUCUGGAAGCAUCCAAAUUCAAGACGGAACUUAUUUCAGAACGCUCAAUUUCAGAGGUGCGACUCUCCGAAUUAAAUUCCCGAGUUAAUGAACUUGAAGAAGAGAAGAUUCUUAGUAGCGGACGUACUAAGAUAGUAGGUUUAAGAACACGAAUGGAGUUGUCCUGGCAGAAAGAAAGAGAAGACCAACAACGACUUCUUCAGGAAACUGCUACCCUUGCGAGGGAUCUUAGGCAAACCCUCUUUGAGCAAGAACGUGAGCGUGAUAAAGACAUCCUUGAAAGCAAACGUAAAAUGGAACAACUCAAAAAGACAAUGGAUGAAGAACAAAGUGAGAAUAAGAAGAAACUCAAUGAAUUACAAUCUGAUUUCAUGGAGUUGCGAGAUGCCCAUGCCAAGUUGAGAACCACCAAUGAAAAACUCCGAAGGGAAAAGAACGACGAGAAAGAACGUGAAGAAUUGAAAGCUAUCAUCUCGGAAAGAAAGAGGUCUGAACAAGAUGACUUAAGGCGUAUACAAAUAUUAGUCCAACAAGUCGAGAACCUCCUCCAUGUGGCUCCGGAGUUAUUCAGUAGUGGUAGAGAACGUGCGGGUUCUGAAGCUCCCUAUACCCCUACACCUCCAAAACGCACAAGGUCCAAAUCCCGGAGUUCUCCUUCUUUAGAAAGACGUGAUUUUAGCAGGGAAUCCUCUGUGGCAAGAGAAGAGAAACGUAAUCAAGUACAAAACACUCUUCAAAGACUUGUUGAUGCCACUGAGGAGUUGAGAAAGGUCCAGGAGCGGGAUCGUAUCAAACGCAUGAAUCUACGAAGGGCCACAUCAACCGAAAAUGAUCAAAUUGCAAACGGCGGAAGUUCAACCAGGAAACUUACAAGAACAGAUUCAAAUUUGAAUCGGAAGAGUUUAUCAUUGGAGCAUACUGCUUCAAUGCAAGAUAGAACCAUCUGGAAAGGUGUAGGAGAUGAUGACAGCAUGUCAAGUUUACAGUCUUUGGAUAUGGGAUCAGAUAUAUCCAUGGACUAUAGGUAUAAGAGGGAUGUAAGUUUAGAUUCGAGGUUGUCUAGCGGAUCAACACAGAGUGAGAUUACCGGUGAGAAGAAGAAGAAGAAAUCGUUGAUGGGGAAACUUAAGAAAUUGACUAAGUCCAGGAGUAUUGAUGAUUCAGAUGAUUCACAUUUCUCACCUAGCAAACCAUUGUCAUCAUCUAGGGCCCCAAGUCAAAGUUCAGAUAUUGAAGAUCCCAAAGGUAGUAAGAAGGAUUUGAAAGAUCGUAUCACAGGGAUGUUUAAAAGAAGUGGGUCACAAUCCAGGUCAAACAGUGUGGAAAGACAGAUUAAACAAGACACGAGCUCAACACAGCGCCCUCUGAUGCGUAGCGCAAACGGGGGCACAUCAACCACCCCUAAUUCCAGCACGGAUAAGCUUGCAAAACCCAAAAAGAACAUCAAAUUAUAACCUCUACAAGUAGCAUAGAUUAGUUUAGCACAUUUUUGUUUAUAAGCACGUUAAUUUUGUUAUCGUUUCACGUUGGUUUAUAUUCGUUUAAAUUUAGUUACAAACUUUUCACCAUGAUAAUAUAUUAAUGCAAUCGGCGAGCAAAAUAAAACUAAAAGUUGAAA